CACCACCUUCUGAAGGACAACUGAGGACAAUAAAUGCCGGCCCAGCCAAUGAUGCACACAUCCUAUGAAUAAUUUUUUUUAAAUUAUGGGAUUUUAGAAUCAGAAACUGAAUUUAUUUUGCACUUUUCACAUCUCUCAGUUAUUCCAAAAUAUUUCUCAUGUAAGGAAGUACUUAUGAAGUGAAAUGAUUUGUUGUGAAAAGCAAUUGUACAGUUACCUUGUAUUGGUGACAUUUGGGAUGGUGACCAAAACAGUAUGAAACCCGAACUCCUCUUUUGAAUAUUGCAAUCAACAGGAAGAAGCAGAUCAUUUUACAUCUGUUUUAAAGAACACAACUUCCAACAAUGUGGCAUCACUCGGUGUUACCCUGAAUUGGGUGCCCAAAUCUUGACCUGGGUCUGGAACGUGCAACUUUCUGAUAUAUAUAACAAGUGAAUGUCAACUGAACCAAGUUGAUGUAAGACAAAAGAAUACAAGUAAACGUGUUUUGUACAAGUUUUAUACGUUAUUUCAUUUAAAAUGUUAUCUUUGAAUUUUUAUUCAUGCUAGCAAAUGUAUAUGGAUGAAGAGUCCAACUGUUGUGGAAUACAAAUAGAAUGAUCAAGACCUACAAACUUAAAAUCCUAUAAAAUUAUUGGAUGUAAAAUUAUAAUAUAUAAAUUGCUUAUGAAGCUAUUGAAUACACAGGUGCCUGAUUUCUUAGUAUAUUAUAAAGUGUGUCAUCAUCAAACCUGUAUCAUAGCAUUAAGGAGAAGAGCUUUAAACAUAUGUUUUACAUUUUUAACAUGCAUUAAUCUGCACCAGAAGCUUUUGUAAUGUAAAGUAAUUGCAUUGUGUUUGAACUGAUGUUAGCAAUAUGGUUGAAAAUAUUAAUAAUGGGUAAACAUGAAAAUAUUAAUUGAGGGCAUGACUGAAAUCCAUAUAUACUGAGAAUGUGAUAAACUUAAUUCAGAUGAUUCAGAAUUUAUAAAAGUUACUGGUACAAUCUUGUAACACUGAUCCUUAUUGAGGAACCCAACAAAGCUGUCUGUAAUGGAACCCAAGUAUUUAUCUGGAGGGACUGCUGCAUUAUCUGGUAGUUAAUAACCCUGAAAUCCUAUACAGAUGGAUCAAAUAAGAUAUUUAGAAAUCAACCACAAUUGUUAUCUGGAAUUAAGGAGCUGUGGUCAAAUCUAUGAUAAUAAAUUACUUGUUAACAGAGAAAUUUGAUUGCAAUCAUCAACAGCCAACAUCAUAUACCAUAGAUUGUGACAUAUAAAUGAGGUCGCCAUGAUUGAAUUUCUCUGCUAAGAAAUGCUAUAUUUGCAUUAGGAGUUGACUUUUGUUUUGUGCCUCAGAAAAAAAACAUGUUUUACUCACCUAAUAAAUUUGUACAUGGGAUCAAGGAGCCAAUAUGGGUUGUGUUGCCAAAAAGGUGCAUGCGAGUUAGGAGACAACUACACCCUGCAGUUUGUGCGUGGCGAAUGAUAAACAGAACUGAGUCCUCAUGCAAAGUGAAUGAAAUGCAAAGCUAAUUUCAAUCUGGAAGUCAUUGCAGUAGCUAGAUCAUAACUGUGCCAUGAUGAAAUAGGUCAUGCGAUGUUAGUGAAAAACUGGUGUGAGAAUGAAAGGAGGAAGAAUCCAGCGUGAAGAAAGUGCCCAAGAACAAAUGUGCUACAAGAACCUGGACUUACGAUUGGCCUGCUUUUGAGAAAUGUGCAUUAGAAUGGAUCCUUGACAAUCCUCAAAAUGAUUGUACUUAUGCAAUGCAAUGUGCAUUAAGUGGACCAAAAUAAACAAAGAGCCCAGUGAAGAUUUCAGAGCAUCAUUGAAUUGGUAUGGUUGCUUUAGGACAUGAAAAUAUUUAAUAUUGCAGCAGAAGGUCAAGAUCACUUGGGCUACUAAAAGACCUGGAAACCAAAAUCACCAAUUCCCAGCAAUUCUUCAUCGGAGAGCACCAGAAACUUGUCUGUUCUUACAUCAUUGAGAGAUGAAGCACCCGUGAAUUUUGAUAUGCCUGGUAAUCAGGCUGUGGAAUGAAAAGCUGCAAUAACAGUUCAAGUGAAAAUAACAAGACAUGCAAAACAAGAUACAUUAUGGUUCAGGCCAAUGGCAUGAAAUGAAAAUCAAAAUUAAUUUUCAAAUGUAAAAUCAUACUAAAAAUCAAGUUCUCUUCAGGAGAUUGUGUAUAUUUCCAUGAUGAUUGGAUAGAGGUCGUUUGUGGAAUGAUUUUUUUUUUGAUAUUCCUAAUGGUGGCAGUUGCUGAAUUGUAAUGGCAGUACAAAAAAACAAAUCUUACUUCAUAACAUUGUGAUAGAUAGUCAUUAAAAUAUUAAAGGGUUGUAUAGUUAUGAUUGUAUAUAAUUAUUUACAAUAUGAUGCAUUAUUUAUAAAAUAAAAAUGAAAAGUCUGCUGCUUUUUGUAUUCCAUUGAUCAUGCAUUGCAAAAACUGAGUUCAUUAAAUUCUCAAUCAUUUGCAUAAUAUAUGAAUGUUAUCAAGUAGGGGAUUGGGCAGUCUUGUUGAUUAUUUGAUCCAUAGCUUGUUUGUGAAAUGGUGUAUUUUCUCCUUAAUUCUUUUGCACAUUUACUUUAUGUGAUUGUAACAAGAGGUGGUGGCAGUGGGAGGUGGGAUUUUAAGAGUUUUCUAAUGAAGCCUACACAGAGCUUUUAUUGCCUUUCAAUGGGGAUACAUUAUCUGUUUAUGUCCAAGUUGUUUUGAUAUGUUACCCAAGAUCAGUUUUGGUGCUGUGUUCUGAAUGCUUUUGAGCUUAUUGACAUGCUCCUUGAAUGAUCUUGACAUAACAAUAAUGAAUCCUGUUAUCUUGGAAACUAAAGGUUCACCACAUUUGCAUCCAUCACCGCAAAAUGAUCACUUAUUUCAGAAUAACAAAGGAACAACAGCAUGUGGAUCAGAUAUGGAGGUCAUGCCUGACAAUCUACCAGAAGUCUGUGAGGAGGUAAUGAACAAUCUCGACAAAGUAGAGCCGCUGGACAUAAUCUAUUUGGAUUUCCAGAAGGCCUUUGAUAAGGAACACUGCCUGACAACUAACAUUCUAAGGAAACUUCAGCUCUCCGAUGUUGAGCUCCUGAAGGAUACCAGCUUAUCACAUAAGAUUAGAUUCAGAUUUGCUGGAGAAGAAUUUCCUCCAAUUCUUGUGUUUAAGAUUUUUCAACAUGCCGGGAGUUGUAAAAAUCACUAUAUAAGUGGGAAAAGAAUAAUCAGGCCUGCGACUAAGGCAGCAGCUGCUUCCUGCAAAAUUAUGGGACACAGGAAAUUCUAUGAUCUUAUGAUAGAGGAUAACCUUCGGUAUCAAAGAACCAAAAUAGCAGAUGAAACUGAUAUUGUUACAAUGAAAGAUUAUAUGCAGUACAUAAGUAAUCUGGAUGAGACUCCAGCUUAUCUUGGAGGAAAAGACAACUACUGGAGAAUGUUGACCCUGACAAACCUAUCCAGGACAACAAUUAUGUAUGACAUUAUGGACUAUGCUCAAAACAAAACUUUAUCUCAGCGUUUGAAAGAGGAAUUGCCAAUUCUGCUUUCCAAACCCAUUACUGAAGAGAUUCAACUUCAACACAUUAGAACAAUCUCUCAGACCAGAUCACCAUGUCCAGCCACAAACAUUCCUCCAUCUCGAUCUUCAACAUCCUCAAAAACAGCAAGAGAUUCACAACGUUGUUCUUACAAGGCACGACAAAAAGUUUCCAAAAUGAGAAAGAUUUACGGUUUGGAUAAAAACAAAGAGGAAGUCCUGAAUAACCCCACUCAUCACAGUCAUGCACAGGAUGGUUUGCAGAUUGUCACAAGUUGUGAUCAAGAUAAGAGAAGUCCAGCUGUUCAUUCAACUUCUGAAGAAGAGUGGGAGCAUGAAGUGGAUGAACUCUAUGCUUGGACACAAGAACUAUCGCUUGACUAUUAGUCUUAUUUUAGUCACAGAAAUCUAUGCAGUGAAGUCACAUAGCUGCCAGACUCUGGCUCUUCCACAGUCAAAAAUACUCAACUGUUCAGUAUAGUCACAUCCUUUGUGGUUCUUUUUCA